GUUAUUAGCACGCUCUCCCAGACCCAGACACUUAUUCUAGUCCCCCCAACCGUGACGGCUCCAUGCACUGGCGGAACAAGAACAGUCACGUCCUACCCCCAGGGGCCCACGACGACCGUCUGGUCUACCGUGGUCAGGACGGCAACCGACGGGCAGGAAACAAGCUACUGGACAACGACCGUGGCCGCAACAGCGGUCUGUCAUUAUCCAUCAGGAAAUGUUAAGCGAGAAGUUGCUGCCACUGCCGUUGUCGCCGCAAUUACAUCGACAUACACGCAGACCACUCGUACGGUUACCAGCACAAUGAUUACGACUAUCCCGGGGAGGACGAGUACGGAACUCAUUCUCAAGACAGUAACGGCCACCAUAACACCUGCCGCUUCGACUAUCUGCGCCAACGGGGGUCAGCCCGGCGUCACCGUCACAGUGAACCGUGGCACCCCGACACUAGCCACCGAGACAAGCCUCGUCUAUCAGACAACUCACCUGUCUGGGACCUUAUAUAUAGGGUACGCUGGCAUUUUCACCAAACCCGUGCCAGGCUACUUUAUGGACUUCAGCUAA